GGGAGUGAGGGCGAUACAAACCUUAGUCCCACCUCGUGACCUUUGAUUGAAUUGAUGAUUACGGGCCGGCAUCAUGCGUUAGUCAGGAAAGGCAUAGGUAUUGUAAUCUGAAAGAAGCCGUUGUUGAAAUUGUUUACGACCAGGUUAAUAUCACCAAGCAUACAUUAAUGAGGAUUUCCAAAAAUGACGAAAGUUUACUCCGCUACCGAUUCCUUCAUUUCUGAUUUAAAACACAUUGAGGUCACAUCUCUUGGGGCAGUAUUUGACAUGGUGUAUGCAGAUAUCGGGCCACGAGAUGGACCUGUAAUCAUUGGAGUGCAUGGAACUCCUGCUACUUACAAAACAUUUUUUUCGUUGUUUGAAUAUUUUUCCAAGGCUGGUAUAAGAUUUAUUGCAGUAAAUAUGCCAGGGAUGGGAUACACAGAACUUGAUAAAGGUAAAACCUUUGACUUCUCACCCACACACAAAGCAGAAGUGGUCAAAGCUUUCAUUAAAGCUAUGAAAUUACAAAGGGUAGAUAUUCUCCUUGGCCACUCAUUGGCAUCUCACACUUGUUCUCAUAUUGUCCACGAUCCUAGUAUGAAUAUGGUGAAGUCCGUGGCAUUUCUUUCCGGUGCUGGACUUGUACCACAUAGACCGUUAAGACCUGUUCCUAUCAUUAAGUAUAUGUCUUGUUUGAUAUACAAUUUAUAUCAGAUACCAUUGCUUUGUAUCUUAAUUGGCUGGCUGGCUAACUGGCUGUAUAGCUUAUUUGGUUUACGAGGACGAACCGUUGAAUCCAACGUAUACAGUAUGUAUGAGGCUUUUAAGAUCGAUUUCAAGUUGUUUAACUCUCAUCUUUCUGACAUUACAAGAAGAAACUUUCCUCUAUUAAUGAUUUAUACUAUGGAUGACCCUAUUAUUGAUCUCCAUGUGUCAGAAGGAAUAGUUGAAAAGCUACAAAUUCCCGACAGCAAUAUCAUCAAGUGUAAUACACAAGGGGUGUUUAAUUCUCAGCUUACAGAUGAUCAACUUCAUAGAGUUGUCGUAUUUGAAGGCGGACAUCACAGACCACAGUGGAAAUACCCUGAGAUUGUAUGUGAACAACUUAAAAGCAUGGUCUUAGCUCUCAGAACAACUUCUAAACUUUAGUAAUUGGCAGUAUUAGGGUUUUUUAAUUGUAUUAUUACAUAUUUUUCAAAAAUAAAACUACAUUUGUAUACAUUGUUGACAUAAAUUAACAUACAUUAAUCUUCUCUCAGGGAAAAUUUGCCACAAGAACUUGUCAAACUAUUUUUUUUUGAGAUGCAAGUAUGGAAUAUUAUUUUUUGCAUUGAUUUCAUGUUGUGGGAAUAUGAAAACUAUUAACAGAAUCAUCUACGAGUUUUAUAGCCGGGAUUGUGUCACUGAAAAGUGAAAAUUAUAGUCUUACUAGAGUGCCACCACACUUACCUACGUCAUGCACAUAUUACAACAAAAUCACAACACAAGUUUGUAAUUGUUCUGGUAGUUUUUAAUUUCAUGUGUUAUAUUGAAAAUUAUUUAUUUGCAAAGCUAUUAUUACAUAAAAUGUACCAGUAAUUCCUCCAUUACUGUUAUCAACCAAUUAUGUGAUCAAAUGCAAUCUGUAAAAUAAAAAAAAAUUUAUUUA